GCGGGACGGUCCGGUCAGCAGAGGAUGAGGGAGAUGAGCUGAAGACACCCUGGGCAGACCACUGCUUAUUUCACAGCGUCAUGCUCAGUCUGCUUCGCCCCCUACUGGCCGUCUGCGUGUACCUGCUACUUCCCGGCGGCCAGAGCUGGAUCCCCUGGUACAGCAACGGCUUUCACUACCAGGACAUCAGCAACAGCAACGGCAACGGCAACGGAGAGAUCUACUUUAAUGGGAUUCGUCUCCAUGUGGAAUCCCCACAGCCUUCAGUGUCGGCCACCAGGGGGAGCAGUGUCACCCUUCCCUGUCACUACCACUAUGAGCCUGAGCUCACCACACCACGCAGAACCCGGGUUAAAUGGUCCUGGGUGCCUGCCAACCCCAUCCUUCCACCUGCAUCUCCCGAAGCCUUCACCAGGGAAACUGAAGUUAUGGUCGCCAUGGGCAACCGUCACCGUAGCUAUGGGAGCUUCCGGGGCCGUGUGCGCCUGCGCCGCUCAGCUCCUGGGGAUAUGUCUCUAGUGAUCAAUGAGCUGCAGCUCAAUGAUACAGGAAGAUACCGCUGUGAGGUGAUUGAUGGCCUGGAGGAUGAGAGUGUGACAGUGGAGCUGGAGCUGCAGGGUGUGGUGUUUCCCUACUACUCUCAGAAAGGACGCUACCAUUUUAACUUCUUUGCGGCCCAACAAGCAUGCCAGGACCAGGACGCCACUCUGGCUACAUUUGAGCAGCUCUUCACAGCGUGGGAGGAGGGGCUAGACUGGUGUAAUGCUGGCUGGUUGGUUGACGGCACUGUACAGUAUCCAAUCACAGUCCCACGUCACAGCUGUGGGGGCAUGAACUUAGCUCCUGGUUUGCGCAGCUAUGGACAACGGCAUCGCCUCUUCCACCACUAUGAUGCUUUCUGCUUCUCUGCUGCUAUCAAGGGGACUGUGUACUACUUAAAGCAUCCAACAGGGCUCAACUUCACAGAAGCAGUCCAGGCUUGUGCCCAUGAUGGAAGUCAAAUUGCAAAGGUGGGCCAGCUGUAUGCCGCCUGGGGGCUGAUGGGUUUGGACCGCUGUGAUGGUGGCUGGUUGGCUGAUAGGAGUGUCCGUUAUCCCAUCACAAGAGCCCGAGCUAACUGCGGUCCACCAGAACCAGGGGUGCGUAGUUUCGGGUUCCCCCCUCCCUACCUGAAAUUUGGGGUCUACUGCUAUCGGUAGAUAUAUAAACAAACCAUUUGAACAGUGAUCUGGUUCAAAGCUUUGCUCAGGAGGUUAGCAUUAGCUUUAGCUGGGGUGCAGUUAGCCAGUUGGUUCAUUUCUGAGCUAUUUGGGAUUAAUCACUCAAUAUUGAACUUUACUACUAUUAAAUAGCCAGAAGGAUAUGGACACCGGAAAAUACGAGCAGGUGACAAAUUAAAGGAAAACCUGAAUAAGUAGUGGUCUCUUCCAGGAUGACAGUGCCCCCAUCUACAGGGC